GCACCCACAAUCCCACAUACAAAAAAAAAAGUUUCCUUGAUUUGUUGAUCUGCCGCUGGCCUCGAUCUCUCUCCAAAGAUCUCGAGUGAGAGAGAGAGAGAUGAUGCAUUGAAAAAAAGCCGAGGCUUUUCGUCUUUAGUUUUCUGUUUUUCCUGUUUGGCUUCACAGUAAAAAAAAAAACACAAAAAUUCUCGAGAUGUGUUGAGCUUAAGUUGGGAUUCUCCAGUUGAUUGAUUUUGUCGGUAGGGUUUCUUUGUUCUUUGGAAUUCGGAUUUCUCCGAGGACUUAGCUUCGGAGAUGAGUGGGUGCUUGCCUUGCUUUGGAUCUUCGGCUAAAGACGCUGCUGCGAAAGAUUCGGUGAAGAAGGAAGUUUCAGCUAAAGACGGCUCAGUUACUCAGUCUCACCAUGUCAUCUUAGACAAAUCAAAGUCUCGAGGAGGUCCUGAACAUAAGAAGGAGAUAACCGCUCCAAAAGAAGGGCCAACUGCUCAUAUCGCUGCACAAACGUUUACUUUCCGAGAGUUAGCUGCCGCCACUAAAAACUUUCGACCGGAAUGCCUUCUUGGAGAAGGAGGUUUCGGGCGUGUUUACAAGGGUCGUCUAGAGAGCACAGGACAGAUAGUAGCUGUUAAACAGCUAGAUCGAAAUGGUCUACAAGGAAACAGAGAGUUUCUUGUAGAGGUUCUUAUGCUGAGCCUUCUGCAUCAUCCCAAUCUUGUCAAUUUGAUUGGUUAUUGUGCUGAUGGUGACCAGCGUCUUCUUGUGUACGAGUAUAUGCCACUAGGAUCGUUGGAGGAUCAUCUACAUGAUCUUCCACCGGAUAAAGAGCCUCUGGACUGGAACACGAGAAUGACAAUAGCUGCAGGAGCAGCGAAGGGACUGGAGUAUUUGCAUGAUAAGGCGAAUCCGCCAGUGAUCUACAGAGACUUGAAAUCAUCCAACAUUCUUCUUGGUGAUGGCUACCACCCGAAGUUAUCUGAUUUCGGGUUAGCUAAGUUGGGCCCUGUGGGCGACAAAACACACGUCUCAACACGUGUUAUGGGCACAUAUGGCUAUUGUGCACCAGAAUACGCCAUGACCGGGCAGCUCACAUUGAAAUCUGAUGUUUAUAGCUUUGGAGUUGUGUUUCUCGAGCUCAUCACGGGUCGAAAAGCGAUUGAUAAUGCUCGAGCGCCGGGAGAGCACAACCUCGUCGCAUGGGCUAGGCCGUUGUUCAAAGAUCGUAGGAAGUUUCCGAAGAUGGCGGAUCCAUCAUUGCAAGGGCGGUAUCCAAUGCGUGGUCUAUAUCAAGCGCUAGCGGUUGCAGCAAUGUGUUUACAGGAACAAGCAGCGACAAGACCGCUGAUCGGAGACGUGGUGACAGCUCUUACUUACUUGGCUUCUCAAACGUUUGACCCUAACGCGUCAAGCGGUCAAAACAGUAGAAGCGGUAGUGGGCCGCCGUUUAUUAGGACGAGGGAUGAAAGGAGAAGCAUGGGAGAUGGGAGUAGCUUGGAUAGUCCUGCAGAGACUCGUAGCAGGUUAGGGUCACCAGCGACACACAAGAACUCUCCUGAUUACAGACGAAGGGAUAUGGUGAGGGAAGUGAAUGCAGGAUCAGAGGCAGGGAGUGAGACAGGAGGCGGGUCAGGGAGAAAGUGGGGAUUAAGCGAUGUGGAAGGGACAGAGUCACAGAGAGGGAGUCCAGCGAGUGUUGGGAGAGCGACGAGAGGGACUCCGAGGAACCGGGAUUUGGAUAGAGAGAGAGCGGUGGCGGAGGCAAAAGUGUGGGGAGAGAAUUGGAGGGAGAGGAAAAGAGCUACCAAUGGACCGGGAAGCUUUGAUAGUUCAAAUGACUGAAAGGGAAAAAACUUCAAAAUAUUUGUAUGUUUGCAAAGGAGAGGAAAUUUCGUCUUUGUGGCAAGAAGCAAAGGGAGAGACUUUUGGGGUCAUAUGUCGGGUCGGGUCUGUCAGUUGUCGGAUUUGAUGUCUGAGUCAGAAGGGAGACUCUUCAAUAUUGUGGUUGAAGCUCAAGAACAUUUGCAGGAAGAGAUGAUGAGUAGAGAGAUGUUGGACGAUUAGGAGGGGAAAGAAAAGGUUUUUUCAAGUCAUGUUUUUGGGGUUUUUUUUUCUUUUUUUCCAAAAUGGGUUGUAUAUGUAAUGGGAGGGAGAAUUUGAGUCGAUUUUUAUGUUUCUUUUUCUGUUCUAUUUUUAAUGUAUCCUGUGUAUGGAUUCGAGUCUCUCGGAAAGAGAGAAAAAGAAAAGAAGUGAGUCUUACAAUCUAAGUCAGCUUCUUACCAUU